GUUUACACGUCUAAAAUAAUGGCUGCCGACAUGAAGCAUCUGCUGUUUUCUGUUUCUAUAUUUGCCCUGAUUUGCAUUUGUUCGUCGUCUCUGAAGAAAAAGGAGGUGGACACUGUGGGUGAGAAGGUACAGCAGCUGAGUGACUGGAACAACAAAAAGUCCAUCAUCCGUCUCAAUGGAGAGAAGUUCAAGCAAUAUGUGAAAGCAGCUCCAAAGAAUUAUUCCGUGGUAGUGAUGCUGACAGCCCUACAGGCUCAGAGGCAGUGCUCAGUGUGUAGACAAGCCAAUGAUGAGUUUACUAUCUUGGCCAACUCAUGGCGCUACUCACAACAGUACUCCAACCGUCUCUUCUUCACCAUGGUCGACUAUGAUGAAGGAGCUGAUGUGUUUUCCAGUCUGAAGCUGAACACCGCCCCAGUCUUCAUGCAUUUCCCAGCCAAGGGUAAACCCAAGAAGAGUGAUACCAUGGAUAUCCACAGGGUUGGAUUUGCUGCUGAGCAGAUAGCUAAGUGGGUUGGAGAAAGGACAGACAUCCAGAUCCGAGUGUUCCGUCCCCCCAACUACUCGGGAACCCUUGCCUUGGCCCUGCUCUUGUCUCUGAUUGGUGGACUGCUGUACCUCAAAAGAAACAACCUGGAGUUCCUAUAUAACCGAACGUUUUGGGGGAUCGGGGCCCUAUGUAUCAUCUUUGCGAUGACGUCUGGGCAGAUGUGGAACCACAUCAGGGGCCCUCCUGUCAUGCACAAAAACCCACAAACUGGACAAAUCAACUACAUUCAUGGCAGUAGCCAGGGACAAUUUGUUGCAGAGACCUACAUUGUAUUUUUGUUGAAUGCAGCAGUGGUUGGAGGAUUUGUGAUGCUCAACGAGGCUAACAUGGUCAAGAGCGACUCGGGAAAGAAACGAAUUUUAGCUGUGGUGGGACUUGGCUGUGUGGUGUUUUUCUUUAGUUUACUACUGUCCGUAUUUAGGUCAAAGUACCAGGGAUACCCAUACAGCUUCCUGUUCAAGUAAGAAGAGUGCUUUGUGUUUGAAGAGGACAUCCAAUGUGUGUGUGUGGACGGUACAUCGAAGGAUGAGAUAAUAUACUGUUGCUGACUAUGGUUGAGGGAGACAGGUGUUUUACAGGACCACAAGCUAGACUGUUGUCUUCAGCCUGUGUCCAAGAGCAACAGUUUCAGCAUGGAACCAAAGAAACAUCUGUCACUGGAAAUCCCAGUGGGCAGCCGUUUAGUUAUUAGUCAGAUUGUAAAUUUGUCCACGAACUUUGUUUAUCCAACCAAACAGUGAAGACUUUUUUUUUUAUACAUCACCAAUCGGAUAUAAUUACACUACAAAUAUUCUGUCGAAUAUGAUGGUUAAUACGCCCUGUCUACAGGACAA